AUGAGUCCGACAAAAGGUGUGAUCCAAGCGGGCGCUCUCCACCGCAAGCGCGCGGGGCUGUUGGCCAAACUCACGUGCAGCAAACAGCUCGUGUACGUCGAGGCGAACGACGCGCUCCAGAACGUGACCGUGUUCGAGUCCGAGACGAAUAAGGCCGCCCCUCUAGCGACCGUCGACUUGUCGUCGAAGGCCACAGUCGAGUUCGACGCGUCACUGGCGCACGGCAUUAAGUUGACCAAUGCGAAGAGCACAGAGGUCUUUGCCGCCGAGACGAAAGAGAAGCAGGAGGAGUGGCUACACUCAUUCAUCAAUGCUGGUGCACGCUACCGGGAAGCAUUCAACGUGGAGGACAUGGCCAAGAUCAAGUCGUUCUACGAGCUCAAGGACGCCGAUAUGGACGGCAAUGAAGUGCCGAUGGCCAAGUACAAGGGAAGAGUCGUGUUGGCUGUGAACGUCUCGAGCAAAUGCGGGCUGACGCCCACGAACUACCCCGAGCUGCAACAGCUCUAUGAGAAGUACAAGCCCGAGGGGCUCGAGGUGCUGGCGUUCCCGUGCAACCAAUUUGCUGGCCAAGAGCCCGGCACGAACGCGGAGAUCAUGGAGUUUGUCAAGCAGUACAAUGUCACGUUCCCGUUUUUCAAGAAAGACGAUGUCAAUGGCGCAGCGGCUCGUCCAGUGUUCACGUACCUGAAGGCAAAGCUGCCUGGUACGUUUGGCGACUUUGUCAAGUGGAACUUUACCAAGUUUCUCAUCGACCGCAAUGGCCAACCGUACAAGCGCUUUGCUCCCAAGGAACGUCCGUUGUCGUUCGAGGAAGACAUCAAGACGCUGUUGGCGCAAAAGGCUUCGGACGAGUGA